AUGCUGAAGCAAGAACUAAACCUGAAUGAAUAUUUGCCUGAAAAAAUGAACGAAUUAAAUGUAACAGGUUCGGAAACUUUAUCACGUUUAAAUAUUAAAAUGAGAAUUAUCUAUCUAUUAUUAACCCACUAUAUGGUACAUCUAGAAAAAUCUGGAUCAUCGCAUGAAAGUGUGUCUACAACGUCAGAGAAUAUGGAAGAAAAAGAAUAUAUUACGAAUCAAGCUGUUCUGCUUGGUUUUAUUCGAGAUAAAUUCGUUCAAUGGCUUUCAUUUAUUUCGGAUGAUAUAUUAGAAACCCAGACGCUCGAAUAUUGGCUUCUUUCCUAUGUUUCCGAAAUGGAGACCAAUAUCUGGAAUGAAAACAUCUCACCAAGUGCUUGGUUAUCAUCUUGUUUUGCAAUCACCCCAGAAACAGCUGAUACCAUUGUCAAUAGUGUUUCAGAAGGUUUUUUGCAAAAUCAAACACCCCAAUACUGGAUUAAUGAAUGGAUUUCACAACAAACUAACCCUCUUUCAUGCGAAUUUAAUUCUUUCAUUGAAAGUGCACCUGAAAAUACCUUGGUUUCAUAUGGAGGAUUACCAAAUCUUUUUGUUGUAAAUAAAAUACCAGCAAAUGGUGAUGAUGAGGAGCUUAAUUUACUUUUGUCUGAGAAAUCAUACCAGUCCUCUGAUAAUCAUACCUAUUACUUUCACACCACUGACCGGAGGUCUUCUGAAUCUAUUAUCAAAGAUGGCAUUGAUGUGAGCAAGUGUCAUGGAAAUCAGGACUUUGGUAGAUCUGCAUCAUUUCACCUUAAUGACGAAUUUAGAUGGGCAGCCGAGUGGGGGCGAAAACGUUUUCUGAACCCAAAUUCAUGUGUAAUAUUGGUGUAUGACAUUCCUGCUGAAUUACUGCUAAAACACGAUCACCUUGAUCUAAGUCAAGAUCUUGAGAAAUGGAAGCGUGUGGUGCGAAACUCUCGUGACGGGAAAUUUAACGAAGCUGAUGAUCACUUCUCAGUAUAUGGUCCCCAAGCAGAAAAUGUUAACAUUUUGAUAAAGAAUAAACGAGCAACACCUCGACCAUCUUCUAGCAAAAAUCAGUUGGCACUUAAAGGUAGAAAAUUGACAAAGCAUGUUGAUAAACAACUUAUAGGAGCUAUCAUUUAUAGGACAAAAUAA